AUGUCUACGGUGUAUGUCUUUAUACCAAUCUUCUACGACCUUAAACUUCCGUCAAGCUUCUGUUACCUUAAGCUUCGUUUUGGACGUAACGUCCAACUCCUAGCAAGCUUCAUCUUCUUAGUAUCGACCACACUUUACGUAUCAGUUAUUAUCUACGUACCAGCGCUGGUGUUCAACCACGUGGCAGGAGUUUCUAUUACGGUUACCGUUGUAGUUUUGGGAUGUGUUUGCAUUUUCUACACGGCCAUUGGUGGCUUCAGAGCGGUGAUUUGGACAGACUUAUUCCAAGCCUUUAUCAUGGUAAUUUGUUGCUCUGCCAUCAUUUACAUAGGGUAUGGCAUCGUGGGAGGAUUUGAUAACAUCUGGGAAGCAUCAAAACGUGGACAUAGGCUCAUCUUGUUCAAUUUCGAUCCGGGUCCGACUGUUCGUCUAACUACUUGGAAUUUGAUUUUCGGACAUUCCAUAAACCUAAUUCAACAAUUCGGAAUGGGACAAACCACCAUACAGCGCUUUCUCAGCAUGCCCAAUAUAACCAAAGCUAGUACAGCCUUUGCUAUCUUCUACUUGGGUUUCUUGUUCUUCUUAGCAUUUGCCCUCGUAACAGCCUUAGUGAUGUAUACGUACUACGAAACUUGUGACCCCUUGACCUCAGGACAGAUCUACAAAGCUGAUCAAAUUCUAUCACUGUUUGUUGCUGAAAUUGGAAAGAAUUCUUGGGGUUUGCCUGGCCUUUUUGUGGCUGGAAUUAUCGCUGGGAGUCUGUCUACCAUGUCAUCAUGCUUGAAUAGUUGCACAGUAUGCCUCUACGAAGACUUCCUGAAACCCUUCUUACCCCAGAUGACUCAUAAGAAGACUUGUACAAUCUUGAAAUUGCUGACAGUAGCUUUAGGCUUUCUUCAAAUUUGUUUAGUGUUUGCAGUUCAAAAAUUAGGAACUAUUUAUACAAUUUUGGGUAAAAUUUUGGGUUGUACUGCUGGAUCUAUGUUUGGGCUGUUCACAAUGGGGAUGUUCUUUCGCAAAGUCAAUCAAUCCGGUGCUCUAGCUGGAACGAUAUCUUCACUCAUUGGUGUUACGUUUAUCUUGUUCGGGAGUUUAUCUAGUACACCAGAUGAAUCAAAAUUGUCAAUGAGGACUGAUGGAUGUCUGCACAACAUCACCAACGUUGUUACUUUCGCGAAUGCUACUUUAAUGGACGAACUGGACAAUGAAGACGAUGAUACUCCAUGGAUCUUCCGAAUAAGUUUCAUGUACUACUCGACAAUCGGAUUUAUUCUAGCCUAUCUCAUCGGAUAUCCUACAAGUUUGCUAACCGGUGGCAACGAAGUCAAGGAUGAACGUCUCUUGGCCAGUUUUAUGAGAAGAAAAAAAUCAUCACAACAUACCGAGGAGGAACUAAAUCCUCUAAAGAGCUCAGUUGAUAAAGCAGUCGUCUAG